GAUCACACCGCACGGUUGACAAUUCACUCAUCACAAGCAGGAUAGAGUACUCAACAUUCCUCAUUGGGAGAGGGAUCAAAGGAGCUCAUUUCCUCAUCAAUCCAUCCUAGGCGAUGGGGCUUAACCACACGUUUACCAGUUAUUGCAUUGUGUUGAUGCCAAAGGGUUAUCAUGCGAACACCAUAUCCUUUUCAAAUUGUGCAAAGGAUCUUUGGAGGAGCCCCAGGGGAAUAGAGUUACUUGUUGUACUGACAGCUAUCAACCUGUUAUUCAUGGCCACCUUUGGGUCCUGGCGUCGCCGAACCAGAAACUCAUUCAUCCAAAAUGGUGUCUUCGGCGCAUACACUUUGUCCUCCUCCCUGGUAGCAUACACACUUGGUUCAAUGCAGUCAUCAGCGGUGAAGAGCAGCAUGUAUCCCAUUUGGGCCAUAUCCCUGUACGUCCUUUUUGGUUGUGCUGACUCUACUACAGCUUAUAGCCUCAAUGACAACAACCAGCAAGGAAAUCUUAUCUUUUUGUUUCUUCUUUACCAAAUAUAUAUCUCGUUAAUAGUUGCACCUGAUUAUAUUUACUUGGCUCAAUUGGCUUCUUUCAAACUUGUGCAUAUAUAUUGGGCACACUAUCUGGCAAGUGAAUCAUGGAACUUGAAUAAAAUGGUUGCUGACUACAUGUAUGAGGAGCACACCAGGAAUGGAGUAUCUUACGAUCCAGUCACCAUGAAAGGUUACCGUUACCUUGUUGAUUAUCCCCUCGGUGAGUCAAAGCUGGACGAUGGGACACUAAACGCAACAGAACUAACAGCAGCUGGUGCUCAAGUCAUUGACAUAGAGAGGAUAUGUCAGUGUAGCGAACUAAGCCCAGAAUUGAAGGAUUUAUGCCUUUCCUUCUCUUUUUCAUCUGUUGAGAAGGCGCUGCUUUGAGUUCGCAUGCGCUGAGUCUUCGCUGGAGAAGACGCAUGAUUUUGUGUUUAAGGGACUUCUGUCAGAGAAUGACAACGGAGACACUGACUACAAUCGGGUUUUCAAGGUCAUUGAGGUUGAGUUAGCAUUUAUGUAUGAUUUCUUCUUCACCAAGUACGCUGUCCUGUACUAUGGAUCUAAAAUGGUUUCAACAAUUUGGUCCUUGGCUUCAGCUAUCUUAAUAUCUGUAACAGCCUACGGGUUGAUAGCCAGCGCUGUCCACAAUCGGCUUGGAUCUGAUUUCCAGUACACCACAAUAUCUGAUGUUGCCAUCACUGUACUGAUACUAGCAUGUAUUGCUUUGCUUCUGUUUCUCCAAGAGUUAUUUUAUUGGAGCACCAUUUGGGGCAGAGUAUCCAUUGUUUGCCAUUAUGUUCGAGAACAAGCAGUGAACACAAGGAAAAGCAUCUGCAUGAAUUUUUUUCAGAAAAUAAUCUGCUGCCUGAGAUUCAGAGAGAUUAUUCUUACCAUGAUUAUUGGUAUGUCAAGGUUAAGCAAGUGCUACUACCAAAAUAAGCUUGGGCAGUACUCCUUGCUUGAAUCUGUAAGGUACAAGCACAAACAGCCAAAAGUAGGGCGUCGUAAGUUUAUGCGACGAUAUUGUAGCCUUAUACUACCUCCAGACUUUGGGCAUCUUUGUGACUCAAACAAAAACAGAAUUUAUGCACGAUGUAUCCGCGAGGGAUGCGGGACACCUGCAGCUGUUAAGUUACCUGCAGAGGUUAAAAAGGCACUUGUCCAUUCCCUGCAACGUACUCAGGGUGUUCUAGUUGGUGGAGAAUCAUCAUUGGUGCACAAUGCAGUGGAUGACCUCUUAUGGGCAUGCAGGCCUGGUAUACAGUCAGGCUCAGGCAUCACCUGCAUCCGGGACAAGGAGAAUCAGACGCACAUCAUUAUGACUUGGCACAUUGCAACAUGUUACUGCGAGAUGGCAACACUGAAAUAUCUUUCCCCUAGGAAUGGGGGUGAAUUGAAGUUUCAUCUUGAUGUUGCUACGAUACUGUCUAAAUAUUGUGCAUAUCUGGUGGUCUCAGCGCCAAAGUUGCUUCCUGGGAACCACUAUGAUACAAGCCUUAUGUUCGAUGCCAUUGCAGUGGAAGCAGCGCAAUCUCUGCGAAAAGCAAAAGACAAGUAUGAGGCUAUGAGAAGUCUAACUGAAUCAACAGAAUUGACCAUCUUCCAAAUGGGUGUGAAGCUGGGGAGGCAGCUCGAGGAGAUGGAAGACGGCAAGCGUUGGAAGGUGCUGGCAGAUUUCUGGGCCGAGUUGCUGCUCUACGUCGCACCAUCAGAUAAUGUGAAGGAGCAUAUCGAAUGCCUGGGAAAUGGUGGGGAGUUCCUCACACAUUUGUGGGCGUUGCUCUCCCAUGCUGGCAUUCUGGACAGGGGGAAAAGGAAUGUCGUCGACAUAGAAAAUUCAGCAUGUGACCAGCCUUGUCCUGGAGAGGUCUCAUACUCUGCUGCUUUGAGGCUUUGGCAUGCAAGCUCCUACCUUGAUAGGUGUAGAGAAAGGGCUAACCCUGCCGUCUGCACCUCAAGUCAACCUCCAGCAACAUAUGAAAACUCUGUGCAAUGUACUUGAGUGGCUUUUGCGUGAAGGAGUGGAGAAUUAGCAGCUCACGUCACACUUUCACACCAUUAUCUAGUUUAACUUGUGUUGUAAUAUGAAUAGUGCUAGAUUUUGUUUAGACUAAAACUUUAGACUUGUGUAUCAUGUUAUGUUGUUGCUUCCGGUUGAACUCAAAACAGGGGAGAUGCUGCAAAAAAAAAUUAUUGGCUUGGUAUA